AUGUCUAGUAACAUCACACAGUUACCAAGUGUUGAACAGCAAGUAACCAGUCUACGACGUGUGACCGCCAUAUUUGACAAAAUUCAUGUUCAGAAGACGCCGGAGCCGCCACAUCCACCCACUGUGGGGACGGAGCCUCCACAUCCACCCACUGUGGGGACGGAGCCUCCACAUCCACCCACUGUGGAGACGGAGCCUCCACAUCCACCCACUGUGGGGACGGAGCCUCCACAUCCACCCACUGUGGAGACGGAGCCUCCACAUCCACCCACUGUGGAGACGGAGCCUCCACAUCCACCCACUGUGGGGACGGAGCCUCCACAUCCUACGGGAUGUGGAGGCAGUAUUCAACUACUAAAACACUCUAGACUCACAAAUAGUAAUUAA